UGAUUUUUAGAAUGAGUAAAGCCUCCUAAACAACACAAGAGAACCACCAAGCAAGUUGAAAUUGGAUGAAAAAGGGAAUUUUCUGCCGAAUUUUCUAAUAACUUUUCUGAGGCAAAACUAAUAACAAUAUUGGGCUUAACUAAAAGAAAAAAAGGAUUAUACCAUCUUUUCGUAUUUUUGGAUUGUAUUUCUUUUGAUCCCAGACUCAUUACAAAAAGGGAGCUUUGAGGUGCUGAAAUGAAGUUAACAGGGAUAUUUUUACUACUGAUGCUUUGGCAGUGCGAGAGCGCACGCGUCGCAGAGACCAGAGACGACAACAACAUGUAUGACCUGUUCGAACUAGUCCAGGUGCCGAGGAAAAACCAUGGGGUCAGCUUGGUGAAAGGCGACGACCCCUACAGUCCCGCCUACAAGAUCCUGAACCCCGACCUGAUCCCCGCCGUCCCCAAAAACGAAUUCAGGGACCUAAUCGAUUCCAUCCACACCGAGAGAGGAUUCCUUCUCCUGGUCAACUUCAAACAGUUCAAGCGGACCAGGGGCAGCCUGCUGACCAUUGAGAAGCAAGACGGCUCCGGACCCAUUUUUGAAUUAGUCUCCAACGGCAAGGCUAACACUCUGGACAUUGUUUAUUCCACGGAGAACAAGCAGCAGGUGAUGUCCAUCGAAGAUGCGGACUUGGCUACGGGACACUGGAAAAACAUUACUCUGUUUGUCCAAGAGGACAGGGCACAGCUGUACGUGGGAUGUGAAGAGGUGAAUACGGUCGAGCUGGACGUACCUAUUCAAAACAUCUUAAACAAGGACACACCUGCAGUAGCUAGCCUGAGAAUCGGCAAAGGCGCGGUCAAGGACAAGUUCAUGGGUGUACUCCAAAAUGUGCGCUUUGUGUUCGGAACGACCCUGGAUGCGAUCUUGAGGAAUAAAGGUUGCCAGAGCACUAUUCUGACUGACCUCAUCACCCUGGACAAUCCAAUGAAUGGCUCCAGCCCAGCCAUCAGGACUGACUACACAGGGCAUAAGACAAAAGAUCUGCAGAUGAUCUGUGGCUUCACCUGUGAUGACCUGGCUGCCAUGUUCAAGGAGCUGAAGACCCUGGGGGUGGUGGUGAGAGACCUGUCAGACCAGCUCAAUAAAGUGACGGACCAGAACAGGCACCUCCUGGCCAGCAUCAACAUCAGCGGAGGGGUCUGCCUCCACAACGGCAUCGUCCACAAGAACAACGACGAGUGGACCGUGGACGACUGCACCGAGUGCACAUGCAGGAACUCUGCCACUGUAUGCCGCAAGAUCUCCUGCCCCCUCAUUCCCUGUGCCAACGCCACCGUACCCGACGGAGAGUGCUGCCCCCGCUGUGGCAAUCCGAGGGACUCUGCUGAUGACGGCUGGUCUCUGUGGUCUGAAUGGACUCAUUGUUCUGUGUCCUGUGGCCGUGGGGUGCAGCAGCGUGGCCGCUCCUGCGAUCGCAUCAACAACAACUGCGAGGGCACCUCCGUGCAGACCAGGGACUGCUACCUGCAGGAGUGCGACAAGCGCUUCAAGCAAGAUGGCGGCUGGAGCCACUGGUCGCCCUGGUCCUCGUGCUCGGUCACCUGUGGCGGCGGCGUCAUCACCCGCAUCCGCCUCUGCAACUCGCCCACGCCUCAGAUGGGCGGCAAGGAGUGCGAGGGAGAGGCACGCCAGACCGAGAAGUGUCAGAAGUCCCCCUGUCCCAUUAAUGGAGGUUGGGGGCCCUGGUCGCCAUGGGAUACCUGCUCGGCAACCUGCAACGGGGGCGUGCAGACCAGGAAGAGGCAGUGCAAUAGCCCGGCGCCCAAAUUCGGGGGCAAAGACUGCCAGGGCGACGCCAAGGGGACUCAGCCAUGCAACACGAAAGCCUGCCCUGUUGAUGGUUGCCUCUCCAACCCCUGCUUCGCCGGCGCCCAGUGCACCAGCUUCCCAGACGGCUCCUGGAAGUGUGGCAAGUGCCCAUCUGGUUACACGGGCAACGGCAUCAAGUGCAAAGACAUCAACGAGUGCAAGGAGGUUCCUGAUGCCUGCUUCGAGUUUAACGGGGUGCACAGGUGCGAGAACACGGUGCCGGGCUACAACUGUCUGCCUUGUCCUCCUCGCUACUCCGGUCCCCAGCCCUUUGGUAGAGGGGUGGAGGAGGCCGCUGCCAAGAAGCAGGUCUGCACUCCGCGUAACCCGUGUAUGGACGGCAGCCACGACUGCAACAAGCACGCCCGCUGCAACUACCUGGGCCACUUUGCUGACCCCAUGUUCCGCUGCGAGUGCAAGCCCGGCUUCGCUGGCAAUGGCCACAUCUGCGGAGAGGACACCGACCUGGACGGCUGGCCCAACGCGGACCUGGUCUGCGUGGAGAACGCCACAUAUCACUGCAAGAAGGACAAUUGCCCCAACCUUCCAAACUCAGGACAGGAGGACUAUGACAAGGACGGCAUUGGUGAUGCUUGUGAUGACGAUGACGAUGAUGAUGGCAUUCCCGACGACAGGGAUAAUUGCCCGUUCAUCUUCAACCCCAGGCAGUAUGACUAUGACCGUGAUGAUGUGGGCGACCGCUGUGAUAACUGCCCCUACAACAGCAACCCCGACCAGACCGAUACGGACAACAACGGAGAAGGAGACGCCUGCGCUGUGGAUAUCGAUGGGGACGGCAUUCUGAACGAGAAGGACAACUGCCCCUACGUCUACAAUGUUGACCAGCGUGACACAGAUCUGGACGGAGUUGGAGACCAGUGUGACAACUGCCCUCUGGAGCAUAAUCCUGACCAGGUUGAUACUGAUUCCGACAAUGUUGGAGACAAGUGUGACAGCAACCAGGACAUUGACGAGGACGGUCACCAGAACAACCUGGACAACUGCCCCUACGUAGCCAACGCCAACCAGGCCGACCACGACAAGGACGGCAAGGGCGACGCCUGCGACCACGAUGACGACAACGACGGCAUUCCCGAUGACAAAGACAACUGCAGGCUAGCGUUCAAUCCGGAUCAACUGGACUCUGACGGUGAUGGCCGUGGAGAUGCCUGCAAGGACGACUUUGAUCAGGACAACGUUCCCGACAUCUACGACGUCUGCCCUGAGAACUUCGACAUCAGCGAGACAGACUUCCGCAAGUUCCAGAUGGUUCCACUGGACCCCAAGGGCACCUCCCAGAUCGAUCCCAACUGGGUGGUCCGCCACCAGGGCAAGGAGCUGGUGCAGACCGUCAACUGCGACCCUGGCAUUGCCGUCGGCUUCGAUGAGUUCAACGCGGUAGACUUCAGCGGCACGUUCUUCAUCAACACGGAGCGGGAUGACGACUAUGCCGGCUUCGUGUUCGGCUACCAGUCCAGCUCGCGCUUCUACGUGGUGAUGUGGAAGCAGAUCACGCAGACCUACUGGUCCAACAAGCCCACCAAGGCCCAGGGCUACUCCGGCCUGUCCAUCAAGGUGGUGAACUCCACCACGGGCCCUGGCGAGCACCUGAGGAAUGCACUCUGGCACACGGGAGACACGCCAGGACAGGUGCGCACCCUGUGGCACGACCCUAAGAAUGUGGGCUGGAAGGACUUCACUGCCUACAGAUGGCACCUGACACACCGGCCGCGGACAGGCCACAUCAGGGUGGUGAUGUAUGAGGGCAAGAAGAUCAUGGCUGAUUCGGGAAGGAUCUAUGAUAAGACCUAUGCUGGCGGGAGACUAGGUCUCUUUGUCUUCUCACAAGAGAUGGUGUACUUCUCUGACCUCAAGUACGAAUGUAGAGAUUUGUAACUGCUCAGACAGGGAGCUGUUUGAGGAACGCACCUUCCUGUAUAAACAUGAUCAUGUACUCCAAGCAAAGUCCAGGGACAAGAUUUUUUUCUCGCCUUUUUUAUUUUUUAAACAUUUUUUUUUUUGCUACUCGUAAUUCUGCGGCACGCACAUUGGUGGAGAGAGUCUGGUGACAGCGGGAGCAUGGCUGGUGUCAAUGUUAAUGUACAGUACAAGAACUGAGGACAGGGGUGUGGUCAUGUUGAUUUGACUGAACGCCAGCUCUGAGCCAGGACUCCUCCAUUGAAAGCAGGUAGAGCAGAAACAACAAAAGACACCUCCCUCCCUCCAACUGCCAUGUCGAGCCCUACGCCCCCCCUUGCUUUGCUUGAUUGGGAGAUCCAUCCCUCUCUUUCCGUAUUUUCUAAAAGACCUUGUUUGGCUCUGUGGGGGAAGAAAUCCCUGCAGACAACUAUGCACUUCUGAACCCCUUUACAUCUCCAUCUGUCUGUCUCUCGACUUGCUCUGUACUUACUCUUUCCCUUUGGAUGGAUGGAUGGAUGGAUGGAUGGAUGGAUGCAUGGAUGGUUGGAUGGAUGGAUGGAUAAAUGGAAGGAUAAAUGGAUGUUACAAAAUAAUAGUGUGACCAAAUUGUUAAGUUAAGUCACUUUUUUAAGAUGGAAAAGGAAGCCCUUGAAGUCUAGGCCUCAAAGUCUAGACCUCAAUUUGAGGUGGUGGACAUUUUUUUCUGAAUUGACUGAAAGUGUGUGAACGGAUCCUAGUUGUCUGGUGUGUGAGAUGUUUGUGAAUAUUUGAGAUCUCCAAAGUCAGUGUGAAAAGGUCAGUGUGUUCACAUCAAUGUUAUUAUGACAAAAACACUUUACACAAUCCAGCCUUUGUAUGCAAGUUUUGCUCAGCAUACAAACUAUUUGAAACAGGAAAGGAAUGAAAUGGAAAUGGAAUUAGUCAAGUGACCUCUUUAUUGAGGUUUUAAGGAAGGAAAAGCUCCUAUUCCUGGCAGUGGCUGGCUGUAAACGGUGUUAGACCAGUGGGCAUAAUAUACUCAGGGGUAAGAUGGUUGGCCACCAUCUUGGUUUUCUCCAAACUAUCCAUCUCGUCAUGACAACAGGGAAGGUGAAGGAGAAGAGGGCAUGGACAGAGGACCUUAAGCCUGUGCGGUGAAAUGUCAUUAGCAUUGUUACUGAGGAGCAUAGAGUCAAGGACCAUGAGAGUAUACACGACAUGUUGCAAACAAUAACGGUCCAUUGAAGAGCUUGCUAGUGUUAGCUAAGCAGAGUGCAGUGGGAUACAACUCCCACAAUUUUCCAAAACACACAAAAAUGCCAGCAAAGCUUCCAUCGAUGUCGAUAAGACAUUUAAAAAAAUAAUUAUUUAAUUUUCCAACCCUGAUUAUUUAUAUUUGAAACCUAAUCUACAAAAAAUCUUUUUUCUACAGUUUUUACACUAAGGAGCAAAGCUCUGUCCAUCGCCCUCCAUUCUUUCCUUCUCUUGAAGCAACAAACUUCACAACUUCUUCAGCUAGUGCCUUCUGCACAGCGAGGAUGACCUGUGUGCUUUUAUAAUAUAGAGAGAGAUAAAGGAAGAAACUUUUUAAUGUACAAAUAUUACCUCAUCGUUGUUGUACAAUUCGAUCAGACGAAAAAAACCCUAAAUACCUUUCCUUUCUUUUCAUGUUGUUAUUCUCGAAGAAAAAAAGAGAAAUUGUUAAACUUCUAUCGCUACUGUAGCACAGGCUGUAAAUAGUGAGACUGUUUAUUUUUUUCGGUUACACAUUACUUGACGCCGGCGUCAUACAUAGGACAUGACAGUGUCAUAACUGUGUCAUAAUAGUGAUCAUAGUAGUCAUAAGGAUUAUGUCAAUGUCAAGAAUGUUUUAUGGUCAUGAAAAGUUGAUAGUGUUUGGGCUGUCUGUACAAAAAACCGAAUGUCACUUAAUGAAAUGUUCAUGGCAUUGACACAAGGUUUAUGACGCAUCCAUGACAGUGUUACGACACUGUUAUGACACUGGCAUGUCAUAGGCAUGAUGAUGGCUUCAAGUAAAUGGUUAACUUUUUUUUAAUGAAAAGUACCUAUUCUUUUCCCCUUCUUCACCAAACCUUCUCCACGAGUCCCCGGGGGAGAGUUUUGUUUGUUUAUUUGUUUUUAACCGAUUCCUUUGCCAGUACUUUCAAGUGUCAAGUACUUUUAUAAGAAUAAGUUAUUGUUCUGUUGGUCCUUAUUUUUCUGUUUUUAGACAGUAUGUCAUGUGUGUAUGGGUACGUACACAAGUGUGUGUGUGUGUGUGUGUGUGUGUGUGUGUGUGUGUGUGUGUGUGUGUGUGUGUGUGUGUGUGUGUGUGUGUGUGCGUGUGUGCGUGUGUGCGUGUGUGUGUUUGCGUGUGUGUGUGUGCGUGUGUGUGUGUGUGUGUGUGUGUGUGUGUGUGUGUGUGUGUGCGUGAGUGUGAGUGUGCGUGUGUAGAUAAAUGCUAUUUAAAUAAUUUAUCGGGGACUGCCGCCUCUGGAGGGUCUCUCCGUCUGUAUAAAUGGUUUGCACACUGACGUGAGGAUGUUUUGUUCCUUAUUGUUUUUACUCCAUUUUUUUUGGUCUUGUUAUUUUUUUGUACAAUUAGUGUUGCUUGUCUGUAAACAUUUUGACUUAGUUGUACAAUGCGAAAAAAUGUUAUUUUUAACCAUAGCAAUUAUUUUGGUACAUACUUCGAAACAAUAAACAGCUGUAAAGCCACAUAACGCCUCCUUUUUAUGUGAU